AUGCCCGCGCUCUGGCAAUCGUCCCAGCGUCCUAUGUAUAUUAGAACUGUAUGGGUGGACGGAUUCCGACACGCAAUACUGACGCACGACGACCCACAAUUCCUUAAACUUUGCGCGAAAAGACGAAGACCACUCUCUUCAGCUAGCUGCGUCACGUCUACUAUCAGAAGAAAUAUUAGCGCGUUGAGCCAUCACGACGACUUCAGAAAUUUAAAUUUUGUCAUCGAAAACGAAAGGUUUUCACAGAGGACCGAAUGCGAACCACAUAUAGAAAAGUUAAAUUUAUCAGACGUAGACAAUUUCGACAGUGAAUUUGUUGUAAAAGCGUCACCCCAACCUUUGUGCGAUUCAAAUAGCUAUCGCAUAAAGGAAGCCGAAAAUAUGAGGGCUGUGAAAAGCAAUCGUACUGCCAGAACUGAUGUGAAGGAAAACACUGAGUUAUCAGAGAGAGUUCUACAAUGGUUGGAUUUAGCUGGAAAAGUAAAUCUUUUGGCAGAAGAGAAUGUUGAACGUAUGUCGCAGCCCAGACAUAGCUGGCCUGAGAUACAACAGCGUAAUUUAAUGAAGUCUAAGACUGUGACAGAGUUAAGAGCGAAGCAAGUGAAGGUGGUCGAUCCAAAGACAAGUGGGGUUAUCGAUCGGCAGGAAUAUUACAUGCCAACAUCGGCGAACACGAUCGAAAACUACGCGCGACAGUCACGAAACGUGAAAAGCACGCAACGAAGUGACACUAAGAUUAAGGAAAACAAAAAGGUCAAAGACAUGAGAGCUAGUGUUAUGGAAACACGACAAAAAAUGGUCUCCGAGAGAAAUGCAGUUGAAAAACAGUACGCGGAAAUGGUCAAUAAGAAAAUGAUACCGGAUGUUAAAUCCAAAAAGCAAGUUCAUAUUUUUAUGCCGGAAGCUUUAAAUAAGAAGUUCAACUCAACCACGCCUAGUGUAACUGAAAGUCUUCUUUCACAGAUAUCG